AACAUGUGUUUGAUUUUUGGUUAAAAUUUCAGUCAAAAGUACGAUCGGUGGGGACGUUUGAAGAUAACAUUGAAAUAAAAAAUGACGGACACGUUCAAAUUUGUGCUUCCAGGCGAGAAGAUUUGUAAAUUUAAUGACAGAUUAAAUUUGCUAGAAGGAGUUUACGUGAAAGACAACGUCGUCCGAAGCAGCUUGGCUGGCCGAUUAGUGAUUGAGGAAGUGGAGGACGAGGAUGAAGAUGGCAACGACGAUUGUGACAUGGAAAAAAUAAAAACCAUUAAAAAAAUAAUUAGAGUGUCGUCUGCCAAGCACGGAAACUUUGUUCCAUUCAUUGGGGCUCUAGUCUCCGCCAGGGUGACCAGGGUGACACAAAGAUACUGCAAGUGCAGGAUAACAACCGUCGAGAAGACUAAAUGUCGAGAACCGUUCAAUGGCCUCCUUAGGAAGGAAGAUGUGAGGGAUAAAGAGAGAGAUAAGACCGACAUGUUCAAAUGCUUCAGGCCUGGAGAUUACAUACUGGCUCGUGUCAUCUCGACGAACGACACCAUGCAUUAUCUGCUCUCAACAGCUGAGGGUGAACUGGGUGUCGUCUGUGCCAUCAGUGAAGCAGGCAGUUUAUUGGUUCCAUUGAGUUGGACCGAGAUGCAAUGCUCGUCGACCAAUCAGAAGGAACAUAGGAAGGUCGCCCGUGUUCAACCGCAGCUCUUGCUUGUUGAUUGAUUGAUUGAUGGAUGGAUUGAUUGAUUGGUAGAUUGAUUGAUUGAUGGAUUGAUUGAUUGGUAGAUUGAUUAAUUGAUAAGUUGGUUAAUUGAUUAAUUGAUUGAUUGGUUGAUUGAUUGAUUGAUUGAUUGAUUGAUUGAUUGAUUGAUUGAUUGAUUGAUUGAUUGAUUGAUUGAUUGAUUGAUUGAUUGAUUGAUUGAUUGAUGAUUGGUUGGUUGGUUGGUUGGUUGAUUGAGUGAGUGAGUGAGUGAGUGAGUGAAUGAACACACACACACACACACAAACAUAUAUCUUUAUAAUUUAUAAUUUUAAAUAUCCAAAUUAAAAUGACAAAAAUAAAGUUCAUUCAAUCAAGUAUAUAUUUAUAUGGCGUACAUCCUUACAAUUCAAUAAACUCGAAACC